GCACGCUGCUGCUCAACAGAAGAAGAAGAAACCCGGAAGUGGCGGGUGCUCGGCAGCGUGAGUCCGGAGGAUUUAUUUACCAGAUGGAAGGCCCGUCAGGUGACAUCACAGUGACCUCAUCAAACAGGAAGUGCUCAGCUGUCACAGGAAGUGCACGAAAGAUCAAAGACAAUGCCGCUGACUGGCACAACCUGCUGCUGCGCUGGGAGAAACUCAGUGACGAAGGCUUCACCAUCGCAGGAAACAUCGUCAACCUGCGGCUGAGCAGUUCUCAGAGCGAACAGCAGCAGCAGGUGGAUGAACCUCUUUCGCCUCCAUCAGCUCCAUCACAGCCAGCAGGUGGAGCUGCAGAGCUGCAGGACGAAUGCUGCAAACUGCAGGAUGUCUUCAACAAAAUGGUCAUCGUGGUGAUGAAGAUGGAGCGUCUGAUGGCAUCACAGCGAGGAGUUCUGGAUCUGGAGGAGUUUCAGUUUGGACCUGAAGGCAGGAAGGUUCCUCUAUUUCACAGCUGGACCACCAAACAGUUCGAGGACUCGUCUCGCGUCUUGUUGGACGCCUUCCGUCAGGAGCUGCAGCUGAAGCAGACCAUCCUGCAGGAACUCGCCCACACUGUGACCUCUGACCUCUGCAUGGUCUACCUGUCCUGCUGGCUGCACCAGCCCUUCAUCCCCCCCCAGACCAGAAUGACGCUGGAGGCUCUGCUGCUGGAGACUGGACACCGCCCGCUCUGAUGUCAUCCUCUAGAGUCAUGUGAUCAGCGCCGGGGUCGUCUCUGAGUCCAGUACCGAGAGAUGUGGGAUGUGUUAGCCUAGCUUAGCACAAAGACUGGAAGCAGAUUGAAAUGUUAAUUGAACAGGUGCAGAAACAGAAACGGGCUCAAGUCUUGAGGCAGUAGGUGAUGAUCAGCUGACGUCCACCACAGCGUCACAGCUGGAUUCUCUAUCGACACUUUGGGUCAUUUAGAGCAGAUUCUGUAAAACCAGAAACAACAGUGGACUACUAACAUAUACAGCUACUACUAUAAUGAACCAUGUUUGUGUUUCCUUGCAACAGAAGUAUUGAUACGUAUUGAUACUCUUGUGUUCGCCGCACUGAAUGUCUUCAUGGCAGACUGGAAGGUACGUGUGUGCAUUAAUUUACCUUCUGGAAACCUUUGUUGUGAAGUCAUUGAUCGGAGCUCAGUGUUGAGUUUGUCACAUCAGUUUAUUGGAGGAACAUGAAAUGUGUUUAAUGCAUUCAGCACUUGAACGAUCAACAUGACAAAUCAAUAAAGUUCGAUUUCCUCCAAA